AUGCAAAAUACCAAAAACACACUCCAAAAACCUAAUGCCUUGGAUUCCCCAAUCUAUGAAAAACCAAACGCGUAUGAAGAGCCAGAUCAACAUAAUCCUCCAAGCCCAACCGAAAUCCCAAACCAACUUGAAGAUUCCGUGACAAUUUCACCUCCGGUCAUUACCAUUACCGAUCGACCCAACAUUAUUAUGGAGACAUUAAAUGAGACCAAGGAUCAUGAACCAAAUACCCCUCCCCCACCCUACGCCGAAAAACAACACCCUAGGCCUGCUACACACUCCAGCCAACCUGGAUUUGUCAUGCAGCCUAAUGAAUCACUCUCUUGGAAUGAGAGUUCGGCCAGUCUUGCAAGCUCCACUACUAGCAGUACCACAAACACAAGUUCCAGUAAUUUACCUUUAGGUAGCCGUUUGAGUCUAAAGAAACGCCCUAAAACAGAGGUUUUGGUAUUCGAUAUGCGGAAGCACUCCCUAGUCCGACCACACCUCCAUGAUAUUUAUAACCAUUAUACCAAAAGACUUGUGUACCUCAAGGUACAGCAAUACUCUUAUGCAUGGGGAUUUGAGAAUAUUCUUUAUCGUGCUAGCGACAAGAAGGCUCCAAGUGAAGCGACCAAGAUUGUAGAGGCCCGACGGCGAGCGCACCAAAAGGAGAUUACGCUCGAAUGGGGAGAUUAUAGUGAAGGAAACGAAGCUAGUCUCAAAAGCGACGGACUAGAAAACAAGACCAAAUCCAACUUUCUGUUUGUUUAUGAAACCCGGUAUGAGGGUAAUCGUGUACGCUGGAAAAGACCCAGUCUUAUAUCUCACGACAUGGUGUGUGACAUAAGACCUCUUUACCUGGAUAGCGAAGAAGACGAAGGAAGAGGAUGGCGUCGGGUUGCAGAGUUUAAGAGCCAUGGAAUGGGAUACUUUAUCCAGUUAGGCCGUCUGCUAGUUGAUCGGAAGAUAGUGGCAGCAGUAGAUGGAUCUGAGUUAUUUGAGGCAUUGUUAAUUUUGACAUGCUCUACGCUUGUUGAUCUUAUGCGGGAAGUGGUAGAGAAAGCAGUAGGACUUGGACAAGGCGGUGUAGCCUGUAAUGAUUAA